AUGCCUGGCAUGGCACCACCUCCGAAUCCGGCACCUUUCCCAUCCCCUCCAAUGCUGGUCACGCCGCUGCCGCCUAUGGUCCCCCUUGGUCCUCCCCAACACAUGACGCAUCAGCGGCGGCGUUCCGACGGUAAUCUGCCUCAGCCUGCUUGGUAUCCCUGGGGCACAUACCCCGCGUUCGUCGCCCCGCCCUAUAUGUAUCAACAACCACAACCACAACCACAACCAGCACCUUCACCACAGCUGCACCCGAUGCUUAAUGGCGAAGGGCGUGAUGGUCCCGCACUCCUAUUCGAUGUCUCCGUACACACGUUCCAGCCCAUGCGUCUGACUUCCGCCGGUGCAUCGAGCGGGCCCACUCUUUCACUCGAUGAGCUUGGGCAGCAGGCCACGUACCCUCCAUGCAGGCGUAUGAAAAUAUCAUGCGACAUUAUCCCGCAAUGGCCCAUUGAGCUCGAGGCGAAGGAGCAAGAGCGAACUCUUUUCCUUUCGAUCCCUUCCAACUCUCACAAGGAUGCGCCCAUCACCGUCGGCGACGUCCUCAUCGCGAUUCACCGCUCGCUGCAGCGCCAGAUUUCCCAUGUGGACUGGGCACGUCUCUCGCAAGCGGAGGAAACUGCGGUGGCACGCGCCUACACUCGCCGCUGCAAGACUUAUGGGUCGGUCGAAGCAUUCGAGAAGAGCCAAGGCGUGCGGCGGGUUGACUACUUGCUGGAUAAGUAUAUGUUCAGGGGUUUGAUAUCCAUCGAAUAUGGUAUUGAGUAUGACAUCUGUCCUAACCUCCGGACAUUGCGGUGA